CUGAACUAUGAUAGCCACUGGUGGAGUAAUCACUGGCCUGGCCGCCCUGAAAAGACAAGACUCUGCCAGAUCACAGCACCAUGUCAAUCUCAGCCCAUCCCCCACUGCCCAGGAAAAGAAACCAGUCAGGCGGCGGCCACGUGCAGAUGUCGUGGUUGUUCGUGGCAAAAUUAGACUUUAUUCCCCAUCUGGGUUUUUCCUUAUUUUAGGGGUGUUUAUCUCCAUUAUAGGAAUUGCAAUGGCUGUCCUUGGAUAUUGGCCCCAAAAAGAACAUUUCAUUGAUGCUGAAACAACAUUGUCAACAAAUGAAACUCAGGUGGUUCGGAACCAAGGCGGUGUGGUGGUUCGCUUCUUUGAGCAGCAUUUGCAUUCUGAUAAAAUGAAAAUGCUUGGCCCGUUCACGAUGGGAAUUGGUAUUUUCAUCUUCAUUUGCGCUAAUGCCAUUCUUCAUGAAAACCGUGACAAGGAGACCAAAAUCAUACAUAUGAGGGACAUCUACUCCACAGUCAUUGACAUCCACACGCUGAGAAUCAAAGAGCAAAAGCAGAUGAAUGGCAUUUACUCUGGCUUGGUGGCAGAGCCAGAAGUGAAGCAGAACCGGAGCUCCUGCACUCCAAGGCUGGCAACAAAUACGGUGGCCUCUUUCUCUGGAUUGCGGAGCAGUUUUCGAAUGGACAGCUCUGUGGAGGAGGAUGAACUGAUGGUCAAUGAGAGUAAGAGCUUUGGGCAUCUCAUGCCCCCUCUGCUAUCUGACAGCUCAGUCUCUGUCUUUGGCCUCUGUCCACCUACUGCCAAGACAACUGAUGAUAAGACCAGUGGCUCUAAGAAAUGCGAAACCAAGUCAAUUGUGUCAUCAUCCAUCAGUGCUUUCACACUGCCAGUGAUCAAACUUAAUAACUGUGUUAUUGAUGAACCCAGUAUAGAUAACAUCACAGAGGAUGCUGACAACCUCAAAAGUAGGUCAAAGAAUUUGUCAGUGGAUUCCCUUGUGGUCCCUUUGCCCAGCACUGGUGAAUCUUUCCAGCCAGUCAGCAUGGUACUCCCAAGGAAUAAUUCCAUUGGGGAGUCAUUGUCAAAUCAGUACAAGUCCUCUGUUGCCCUUGGACCUGGGGCUGGACAGCUCUUGUCUCCUGGAGCUGCUAGAAGACAGUUUGGGUCUAAUACAUCCUUGCAUUUCCUAUCCUCACAUUCAAAAUCCUUAGACUUAGACAGGGAUCCCUCUACUCUAACUGUUCAGGCAGAACAACGGAAACACCCAAGUUGGCCCCGGUUGGAUCGAAGCAACAGCAAAGGAUAUGUGAAACUAGAGAACAAAGAGGACCCAAUGGAUAGGUUGCUUGUGCCCCAAGCCACCAUCAAAAAAGACUUUACCAAUAAGGAGAAGCUUCUUAUGAUUUCAAGAUCUCAUAAUAACUUGAGUUUUGAACAUGAUGAGUUUUUGAGUAAUAACCUAAAGCGAGGAACUUCUGAAACGAGGUUUUAAUGCUUAAAAAUGUCACAUUUUCCAAGGAUAUAUAUUUUAAAACUGUUUUCACCAGUAUUUCCUUCCUAAAGGAUUGGUUGUAAGCUUUUUUUAACCAAAUGGUUUGUAGUAUUUUAACACUAGCUGCUUAAUUCUGUACAGAAGAUGGUUGUAUGUCUGGGUUAGUUAUGACUGCACAACUCUAGAUUAAAUCACAUACAAUUUAGUUUUCCUCCCUUUGAAAGCAUGAUCUCCUUUAUUGAUAUGAAUACAGAAUACUUGCAUCAAAAUUAAAAUUUUGCUUUACUUUUUAGUUCUUUCAUUGACUGCCAUAUUCACAGAAUGAAAUGUCUAGUGUGGA